ACAAAACACAGUUUGCACAGCUUAUUUGGUAUGUCUAGAAUUUUGCCUCCAGUAUUAAACCACAAUAUGUAAGAAUCAGUGGGAACACGUGGUGGCGCUGCAGGUUUAAGAUAAAGGAAAACAGAAUUGCCUACGCAGCUCCAGUACCUAGCUAACACCACCGCCCAGAAGGGAAAGAAAACCUUUCAGCUAGAGCAAAAGCGGAUGUUAGACCUCUUUUAAAAUCUAAUAAAUGUCAUAGUUUUGACGUUCUGGACUUCAGGACCGUGCUACCAGGAUCUUGGCCAUAAUUGAAGCUCCUGUGAACCAAAUUUGCAGGAAAGAGCAAUGGAGAUUGGAUGGAUGAGCAAUCGGAGACAAAGGCAAGUCCUACUUUUCUUUGUUUUGCUGAUCGUGUCUCUGUCGGGCGCCGAGUUGGGGCCCUAUUCAGUGGUGGAAGAAAUGGAGCGAGGCUCCUUUGUGGCAAAUCUAGGAAAAGACUUGGGUUUGGGAUUGACAGAGAUGUCCAUGCGCGGGGUCCGUAUCAUUUCUCAGGGGAACAAAAAGCACUUGCAGCUCAAGGUUCAGACUGGGGAUUUGCUUAUAAAUGAGCAAUUAGAUAGAGAGGAGCUAUGCGGCCCCACUGAGCCCUGCGUACUACAUUUCCAAGUGUUAAUGGAAAAACCCUUAGAGAUAUUUCAGGCUGAACUGAGGGUGAGAGAUAUAAAUGACCAUUCUCCGGUAUUCACUGACAGAGAAAUGACCGUAAAAAUACUGGAAAACAGUCCUCUAGGAAAUGUGUUCCCUUUGGAGAAUGCUCUGGACUUGGACAUAGGAAGCAAUAAUGUUCAGAAUUACACAAUUAGUCCCAACUCCUAUUUCCGGGUUCUAACCCGAAAACUCAGGGACGGCAGGAAAUACCCCGAGCUGGUGCUAGAUAGAGAGCUGGACCGGGAGCAGGAGCCUGAACUCAUAUUAACCCUCAAAGCGCUGGAUGGCGGCUCUCCGCCCAGGUCUGGGACAGCUCAGGUCCGCAUCGAAGUGGUGGACACCAACGACAAUGCCCCUGAGUUUGAGCAGCAUCUCUACAAGGUGCAGAUUCCCGAGAACAGCCCGAUAGACUCCCUGCUUGUCACUGUCUCUGCCAGCGAUUUAGAUAGUGGAGUAAAUGGAAAAAUAUCCUAUACACUCUUUCAACCUUCUGAAGAUAUUAGCAAAACUUUGGAGGUAAAUUCUAUGACAGGAGAAAUUCGACUGAGAAAACAAGUAGAUUUCGAAAGAAUUCUGUCCUAUGAAGUGGACAUCAAGGCCACAGAUGGGGGAGGUCUUUCGGGGAAAUGUACUCUUCUGGUGCAGGUGGUGGAUGUGAAUGAUAAUCCCCCAGAAGUGACCAUGUCUGCCCUCACCAGCCCCAUCCCAGAGAACUCGCCUGAGAUUAUAGUUGCUGUUUUUAGUGUGUCGGAUUCUGACUCCGGGGAAAAUGGAAAGACGGUUUGCUCCAUUCAGGAUGACCUUCCCUUUCUUCUGAAACCUUCAGUCAAGAAUUUUUACACCCUGGUAACGGAGACAGCACUAGAUAGAGAAGUGAGAGCCGAGUAUAACAUCACCAUCACAGUCACUGACUUGGGUACCCCCAGGCUGAAAACUGAGCACAACAUAACCGUGCUGGUCGCCGACGUCAAUGACAACGCGCCGAACUUCACCCAAACCUCCUACACCCUGUUCGUCCGAGAAAACAACAGCCCCGCCCUGCACAUCGGCAGCGUCAGCGCCACUGACAGAGACUCGGGCACCAACGCCCAAGUCACCUACUCGCUGCUGCCGCCCCAGGACGCGCACCUGCCCCUCGCCUCCUUGGUCUCCAUCAACGCCGACAACGGGCAUCUGUUCGCGCUCAGGGCCCUGGAUUACGAGGCCCUGCAAGCGUUCGAGUUCCGCGUGGGCGCGGCCGACGCGGGCUCCCCGGCGCUGAGCAGCGAGGCGCUGGUGCGCGUGGUGGUCGUGGACGACAACGACAACUCGCCCUUCGUGCUGUACCCGCUGCAGAACGGCUCUGCGCCCUGCACAGAGCUGGUGCCCAGGGCGGCCGAGGCGGGCCACCUGGUGACCAAGGUGGUGGCGGUGGACGGCGACUCGGGCCAGAACGCCUGGCUGUCCUACCAGCUGCUCAAGGCCACGGAGCCCGGGCUGUUCGGCGUGUGGGCGCACAACGGCGAGGUGCGCACCGCCAGGCUGCUGAGCGACCGCGACGCGCCCAAGCACAGGCUCGUCGUGCUGGUCAAGGACAACGGCGAGCCGCCGCUCUCGGCCAGCGUCACGCUGCACGUGCUGCUGGUGGACGGCUUCUCCCAGCCCUACCUGCCGCUCCCGGAGGCGGCCCCGGACGAGGCCCAGGCCGACUCGCUCACCGUCUACUUGGUCAUUGCCUUGGCCUCGGUCUCGUCGCUCUUCCUGUUCUCGGUGCUGCUGUUCAUCGCGGUGCGGCUGUGCGGGAGGCGCAGGGCGGCCUCGGUGCCUGAGGGCCACUUUCUGGGCCACUUGGUGGACGUGAGCGGCACCGGGACCCUGUCCCAGAGCUACCAGUACGAGGUGUGUCUCAUGGGAGAUUCUGGGACCAGCGAGUUCAAGUUCCCGAAGCCGAUUAUCUCCAAUUUCCCACCCCAGAGCAUUCGUAGGGAAGGCGAAGAGACUAUCUCAUUUCGGAAUAAUUUGGAUUUCUGAUAUGGAAUGAAAAUUAAAAGUGUCUGUGAAUAUAAUCCUACUAAGGAAUUCUUCCUGAUCUUCCUGUAGAGAGCUUUCACAUUAUUUCAUGUACUCUGAGUGUAAAAGAAGGACUUCUGCCCCAAUAAGCCCUCCACAAAGCUUGGAAUUUAUUGUCAUAUUUUAUCUUAAACAAUUUUGCCUCAUGUGUAGCCUAUUACAUAAUAAAAUCUUAGUUUGAGACGUU